AUGUAUAUCCAUACUUUUUCCUCACUUUUGAUUUGUGUCCUGCUAACACUACAUACAUCGGCAUUUCCGGGUCAACCAAGGCUUUAUGGGAGGAACAUUGCAUCUUUUCGUACCAGAAGGGAUGCCCAUAGUGGGACUUACCAAAUCCCCAGCGUGGUCCAGGAUGGAGACAGCAAAGCGAACUUUGACAUUCGAACCCCCACAUCGCUCCUCGAUAUUGAGACCUUGUUCAGCCUGGAUGCACCCCAGAUUGAUUCGAUAAACGGCUCUGUAUUCGACUGGUGGUACUUUGAUGCCGUGUCAGAGACCAACUCAGGCGACUCGCUCGUCAUCACUUUCUUCGCCUCGUCUGUUGUUGCAUUCCCAUUUUUGGAUGCGAACGAGACUUCAGUGACCACUGCAUAUGUAUGGGCUUCUUUUGCCAACGGCACUGUAUUUGCUGGCUCCGUCCCGGCGACCUUCGCGACUGUUGCUGGGGUAGACGGUUCUGGUACUAAUAGCUCCGGGGAAUGGCACUCAGCCGGGUUCAGCUGGGCGGCUCUCACGGAUAACCUAUCCAAAUAUGAGGUGCGGGCACCGCCUCACCUACCCUGUGGCAUCCACGCAGAAGAGACAACCCUCAAAAUCGCACCUCACAUAGGAUGGGUCAGUCUUAUACCAGAUGCCAUGGCUGAGGCGGAUAUUGAGAUACAAGGAUCGAUGUUGAAAUUCCAGGGUUCCGGAUAUCAUGAUAAAAACUGGUCUGAUCGACCCUUCCUGGAAUCUGUCCAGAGGUGGUACUGGGGCCACGGUCACAUCGGGCCAUAUUCAAUCGCAUGGUUCAGUUAUCUCGCGUUUGACGACCCAACCAACACCAUCUACGUAAGCAGUUACAUUGCCAGGGAUGGAGAGUUGUUGGUAUCGACUUGUGACCCCAAUCUUUUAACUGUGCACCCGACCGGUAAUCCUGGAACUACCGGCGCACGAUACCCGCCACGGGUGGGCGAUAUUCCAGAAGGGUUUCGACUGGAAUAUGAUCUAGGGACAGAGGGCCAGUUGAAUGCUAAUGUUUCAAUAAGAGCAAUAGUAGCGGGAGAUGGUGAAAAUUAUAUGCGAUGGACAGGAGACCUGGUAGGAGAGGUGAUACCCUCGGUGGGUGGACCACAAGAGGGUCGCUGUGACCCUGACCACAAAAGAGAUGCAAACAAACCGAUAGAAACGCAGAGCCCUUCCUCGCUUACCGGUGUGGCCGUUUUGGAGCAGUUUAUAUUAAUAAAAUAG